AUGGCGGCUUUACGGCCGUGUCGUCAUAACAACGGGCCGCGCCACUUCGCCUAUGCCAAGCUGUGCCAGGCGCUGCGUUACCUGCUGCGCGGCGAUGCCGCCUGCCUGCUCGUCGGCACCAACCGUGACCACCGCCUGCCGCUCGAGGGCGGCGCCGCCAUCCCUGGGACCGGCUGCCUUGUGAAAGCUGUGGAGGUUGCGGCAGAGCGCGAGGCGUUCAUCAUUGGGAAGCCCAGCCGGUACAUCUUUGACUGCGUGGUCAGUGAGUUCGACAUUGACCCUGCCCGCACCAUCAUGGUGGGAGAUCGGCUGGACACGGAUAUCCUCAUGGGCAACACCUGUGGCCUCACCACCAUCCUGACGCUGACCGGAGUCUCCACUUUGGAAGAAGUGAAAGGUCACCAGGAGAGUGACUGCCCUGCCAGGAAGAACCUGAUUCCUGAUUACUAUGUUGAUAGUAUAGCUGACCUUCUUCCUGCACUUGAAGAUUAAAAUAGAAAUGAAAAAAGCCCCCCUCUCCAGCUCCUGAAAAGGUAUCCUCACUAGCGAAGGGCAGCCAUUAAUCACUUUGGUUACAUUCACAUGCUAAGUGCGACACCACUCGAAAUUACAGCUCUGCUAGCUCUAACCUCGGAGUCCUCUUGAGGAUGAUUUUGUUUACAAAUUUGUUUUUUAAAAUGCACUUUGGAAAGAAGAGGGCAUUUUGGCGUCACCCAGUCAUCCUGUGGGUCUUUUAUUUUUAAAUUGACAAGUACAGCCAAAUGUUUGCAAUAGAAAGUGUCAUGGGAUUGUCCUUCUGGACUGGGCUAAAGGAAAUAGAGUAGAUUUCACCAAUACAAACCUGCAGAAUGUUCCUUGAUGGGCACAGUGUGGCGCAGUCUCUAAUUCAGGGAAUUAACCCUCUGAGUGCAUAGUUAUUGAUUGGCUCUGUGCUGAUGUUUGCACAGGCCGGCACAGUUAAAAUCUGGCCCUGUGUUUUGUCUUUGCUUACUCGGAACCUGACCUAGACAAGCAGCCCAGAGCUGGUGCAACUUGGGGGUGGAGUGGGGGGAAGAAAUCAAAAUGCGCACACCCUGUUUCUAAUUGCAUCUGUUGCACUUGCGAUACAAAUUGGACUGGUUCGACGUGCAAAAUGUAUGAAUAGUUUCUUCUGUAUACUGUAUAUGUGUCCAAGUACUGGAUGUAUAAGUAAAGAACAUGUAUAUAAAGGAACUGCCCUGACAAUAACUAUAUAUCAGAAAUAUAUUUAAAAUAUAAUAUAUGAGAACAUAUUUUGUUUUCCAAAGGGAGGCUAGGAGGAAUUUACUUCACUGAGUAUUGAAGGGUUAAUUUGACCUAAUUGCAUCCUAAGUCAGUAAUAUAAUAAGUAUGUAACAGCACAGAAAUGUCCUCUAUUGUUAGCAUUUCCGAGAAUGAAUUGGAUCCAUCAUUUCACUUCUUUUAAAGUCGGUUCAAACCAUACUCGGACCUUCCUGGUGCUUUAGUAUCAAAAUAAUUGCUUGCCCUUAGCUUUGGCUGCAGAUUCUAAACUGCCCCAUCCUUGAAAGGCGAUUAUAAUACAGAUAAUGAACUCUCUCUCUCACACUUGGGCUAAUUGUGGUAAAGUACUGGCCAAGUACACUAACAGCAUAGUGCUUCCUCUUUCUUCCUAAUCUUACUGCCUCUUGCAUGGCUGAUGUGGGAGCUCGCAAUCAGCCGCUUGCCUGGAUGAGAACUAAUGAUUCUUUUAUACUGUAGUAGUUUUAAAAUUGGUCCUGGGUGAUGCCCAGCUCAGGCUGCUGGAUAGCUUUUGUCCUUGCUGACCUGGGGCCCACAAUGAAUAGGUUAGCUUUUGCAUUUCAAAAAUUGCUCAAGAAAUCACAUAUGCAAUUUGAGUGUUCCAAUACUCCACAGUAAUUCCAGUCUCAGUGGGAAAAGAAGAGUCUGUUUCCAUUUACCUCCUGUUGUUUAGCCUGAACAACUCUGGCAGCGUAUUCCAGUACCAUUUCCUCAUGCCUAAAACACUUGAAAUGUAUACGCACGUCACCUUGUUCAUACAGCAAUAACUUCAGAGUUCACUAUGUCUUUCAGUGUUACCAGGAUAUUAGCUGAAAACGUUCUUGCAAAAGAUAACCAUAGUUAUAGAUUGAUGUCAGCAUCUGUCUGUAACUUCGAAUUCUGUUAGCACGCGAGUUAUCUCUUCCUUGUAUCACAUCUCCAGCUAGGAGACUUCUUCAGGCUUGAAAGAAAUACAUGUCUAUCAGGUAGACCUAGUUCUUGACACUACUAAUGUAGGAAUGGACGUAGUGGUGUUAUUGUGGGUAGGGCAGGCUUUAGAGACCAUAGGUUCUUUGAUUUAAUUUUCUAGACUUGUGCGUAUCAAAAGUCAAUAGAUUUUCAAUCAAUGUCAAGUAAAGGAGGAAGUACCAAUUACGGUAUUAAAUCUUGUCACUGCUGCAUGUCAUCCUUGUUGCAAACAGCUCUCCAUGCAAUGAAACCAUUACCUCUCUUCACAGUGUUCCCCACGUGUUGUGGAAAUACAUUGGCGAAGACUUGUAUCAUGUUACAAGGGUCUCUGUAUAAACUGUUGGGGAAUUGUUGAUCCUAUACUUGAAUCUACAUUAAACUUGUAAAUCUGUU